GGCCUUUCCCCUUCUUCGCCACAAACAGAUUGCACUACUUUGCCUUUCUCUCUGGAUCUUCUUCCGUCUGCACUGCUCUUUCUCGAGCUAGUCCGAAGGAGGAGGAGCAGAUCAUGGCGAAGUACAUGGAGAUGUUGGACAUGGGCGUGCGCAUCGCGGCUCGGUUCCACUCUCACUGCCCUCAGACGGCGCGCAUGUAUUACAAGCCGCCCUCCUCCACCUCCGACGACACCGCCCGUAACUCGUCUUCCUCCUUCGCCACCACCGCCCAUCCGGAGAUCUUCACUCGGGCUGCUGCUUCGCUGAUGGCUCCUCGGUCACCGGUGGCCUUCGGUAGAAACGGCGUCGGCUUGGAAUUCAUUCUUGAUACUGUCUUCUGAAGGUUGCUGAUGUGGGAAGACACAAAUUUUUUUGUUUCUUGAAAGAAAUAUGAGACUCAAUUCUUUUGUUCCCUCUUCUUGCCAGCAGAUUUCGUGGCAUGCGAGACGGUCUUCUUUUUAUUUUUAUUUUUCAAACCAGAAAUAAAAUAAAAUGAUGGUUGCUACAAA